AUGGUGAGUUUGGCACCGGGAGUAAGGCAUCUCCAAAGAUUUCUGCCACCGCUUAACUCCAAAACUGGUCGCGUGCAUAUAUUUUCCUUCACUUUGGUGAUAUACUCGUGCUAUCACUUAUCCCGAAAACCGAUUAGUAUUGUAAAGUCAGUACUUCAUCAGAAUUGUUCUGAAGAAGCCCACAAAGAGGGGAAAAUCAUAGUUCCUGGAAACGAAACAUUCUGUGACUGGGCCCCUUUUGAUGGUCAAAAUUAUGAUUCUCUUUUUGGGACACUUGAUCUUAUUUUCCUCUCAUUUUACGCCGUUAGUAUGUUCUUAAGUGGACAUGUUGCCGAUAAAAUGGACCUUAGAAUUUACCUAUGCAUUGGUACUCUUCUUUCUGGUGUGACGACAAUAGCCUUUGGUUUUGGAUACUUUUUCAAUGUUCACUCGUUUGCUUACUAUGCAGUUACUCAGGGUGUUGCUGGAAUAGUUCAAGCAUCCGGUUGGCCGGCAGUUGUAGCUUGUAUGGGGAAUUGGUUUGGUAAAAAUAAGAGAGGAUUUUUCAUGGGAGUUUGGACAGCGCAUUCUAGCAUUGGGAACAUUUUGGGCUCCUUAGUUGCUGGUGCCUUUGUAGAAAUAGCUUGGGGAUGGUCAUUUGUUAUUCCAGGAUUAAUAAUUGGACUUCUCAGCUUACCAAUUUAUCUGUUUCUCGUACCGUAUCCUGAAUGUGUUGAAGUUCAACUUCCUGUCCAGCAUAACACAAAUGAUUAUGGUUCCAUUAACCAACAAAUCAGAGAUGGAAACUCGUUUGAAGAAUCGCUUGGAACAACUAGUUCACAAUGUAAUCUUUUAAUACCAACAAAAAAGAACUCUUCAUCAUUUCUGUCUGCACUUAAAGUACCUGGUGUUAUUGAAUAUUCACUGACUUUAUUCUUCUCUAAGCUAGUUUCUUAUACUUUCCUAUUUUGGUUACCUAUGUAUAUACGUGAAGUAGGCGGUUUCGACCCAUCAUCAUCAGCAGAUUUAUCAGCUGUUUUUGAUUUAGGUGGAAUACUCGGUGGAAUUAUCGCUGGUUAUGUAUCCGAUAGUACUGGAUCAAGUGCUAUUACAUGUGUUGUAAUGAUUGCUUUGUCGAUACCUACGUUGUAUCUAUACUCAGUCGUUGGAUUUCAUUCUUUAGCUCAUUGUAUCGGUUUAUUAAUCCCACUGGGAUUGUUUGUUAAUGGUCCUUACGCUUUGAUUACAACAGCAGUUUCAGCUGAUCUAGGUACUCAUCCUUCAUUGUCUAAAAAUUCUCGUGCAUUGGCUACAGUAACAGGUAUUAUUGAUGGAACAGGUUCAGUUGGUGCAGCGCUCGGACCUUUACUGUGUGGUCUCAUGAAACCAUAUGGUUGGUCUGUCAUUAUUAUUAUGCUUAUGGUCGCGUUAGCUCUGGCUGCAGUUUUGCUUUUCCGUAUGGUAGCCAAUGAAAGUCGUCAAUGUUGUUUCAGUGUUGAACAAUCAUUAUUACCAUCAUCUUCAUCACUGUCGAAUGCGGCUGAUGCUUAAAGUCAGAAAUGGUUAUUCAGUAUUUUCCAAACCUAAGCAAGAUUUCAAAGAGAUUAAGUCGAAAUACUUCAAUAGAUUUAUAAAACUUUAAUUUUGAUACUAUCUGUUCGUGUUUUCUGCAAAAAAGGAG